CAACCUCUCUCUUCAAAAAUAUAGUUUUACUCUUUAGUGCAUACCUCUUCAAAAAGUCUAUGGAACCAUAAAGAGGCUACAUCAAAAAGCUUCAAACAAAGCCAGAGAAACAAAGAAAAAAUUCCAAACACGAAAAUCUGAUGUUAUAAUCUGUCAAAUACAAAAUUCUUGAUUACUUAACAUAUCAGACAUAAUUAUUAUUUUUCGGUAAUUACAAAAAGGAAAAUGACAAAUCCAGUGUGUGGGUGUGCGUAGUGGAUGUUUAAUAUUGGCCAGGUGGUGAUUAAGUGGUGAAAUGGUUCGGUGGAGGUAUUGCAUUGUGCUGGCAAUGCUGCUGCUUCUGCCGGCGAAAACCGGCUCCAAAUUAGAGGAUGAUGAAGAAGAGGAUAAUAGAUACAACCUUCAACUUUCAAGUAGAAGGGGAGAAGAAGGCGAAGAGGACGAUGACGAGGAUGAAGAAGAAGAGGAAGACGAGACUUCAGCGCAAGCAGACAAAGGAGAGAGAGUGACAGUGGUUCGGCGACCGCCGCCUAUCGUGCCCACCCCCAAAUCAAUGACCGUUACCAGGACGAUAAAAAAACGGCCCCUUGAAUGCUAUGUGUGCGCUUAUAAGGCCGAAACGCCGUUAAGAGCGUGCUUGGAUCCUACCAAAUACAGGACACUGGCUCAGCGGCCAGUUGCGAUGAGUAUUAAAAGGCGUCCGAACGUCCCUAUCGAACGAGAAGAAAGAGUUCACACGAUAACGUGCCACAGUUCGGAGGACAAAUGUUUCACGUCGGUGAUAUCGAAGGGAAGUUCUUAUGAGGCGGUGGUCAGAGGUUGUCGCUCCGGCUGUGUUGGAUCACCGGAGACCACGUGUUGUGAGUUGAACCGCUGCAAUAACCAAGCAUUCGCCAUGCCGGUGAUCGCGCCCCGCUCGCUCACCUCGAACAACAAGUCUACAAAGUCGAUACCACCCACAAUACUGUUCUUCGUGACCGUCCUCCUGGUACUGCAGACCGUGGUCAAAGUGGCCUUCGUGUAGCCCGAACCGCCCCACCAUGAGGCACCCGACACACAACAACACAAAAAUUUUGAAACCAACAAAAUUUUGAAUGAAAAAAUUUGGAUAAAAACGACGAUCAAGGAUUUUGUAACUGCCCUGCCAUUUACCCUUGCACAUUUAUUUAAAACACUUACUGCCUGCGUAACUCGAACGUUUUUCGAGUUACUCACGCACUCGAAUUGUUCCUCAAUUCUUGGCCUAUGUUACUGAUGGGAGCUUCGUUUCUGUCUCCUGUAUAACUCAUGGUAGGGGCACUACUCUCAGUUUAUUGUGCAAGAAUAACUUUCCAUCACAAACUCGGCAAUGAAAUCAUAUUGUUGGGAAAUUUACGAAGUACAAGGAUGGGAUUGUGUGAGGUGACGGUGAAAAUUUGUGGUGAAUAUUAAAAAUUAUGCUGUUUUUGUAAAGUGAAAUAUAUUUUUUGAAAGUUUGUAUUAAAUUUUAUGGCCCAUUUAA